CAAGCAGCAACGCCACUGGCUCCGGUUGUCGAGGUCAACCACAAUCACCUUCGUCGGUGGAUGCGGCUCUGAUGGAUAAACGCAUUCGCAAUCGUCUUGCGGCUCGCCGGUCGAGACAACGCCGGCUGGACCACAUUGCCGAGCUCGAGCAGGCCAACCAGACGCUCACGAACGAAAACGAUGCGCUGCGCAACAAGAUCGUGCAGUUGAAGGACCGAGUACGUGCUCUGGACAGAGCAAGAGCGCCGCUGUCAAACGUCAACUGACGGAGCAGGGUGGACGACGUGCUGACCAAAGGUGUGGGAUCCAGUGCUGUUGGUGGUGGUGGAGUGAGCGGACCGAGACGUUCAUGAUCGCUGCCAUUCCAGGGCCCAAUGAGCAG